AUGGACCAACUUCUGGAUUUGGAAACGCUGAAAAAGCUGACUCCUGAGCAACAACAGCAAGUGAUUGCGGGAGUAAAACAGCAGGCGGCAAUUGCUAAUGCACAGAAUCUAAUCACGGAUCUGUCGGAGAAAUGUACACAGAAAUGCAUCUCGUCGCCGGGUACUUCACUUUCCAACUCCGAUAAGCAAUGCCUGCAGCGAUGUAUGGACCGUUUCAUGGACUCUUGGAAUCUAGUCUCUCAGACACUACAAAAGCGUCUACAAGAAGAGUUAGCAUCUUCUGGUGCAUUCCAGGGCGGUCCCACUUUCUCUUGA